AUGAGCUGGGGCCUCCCCUCCUGGCUUGGAGGCUCUUCCAACCCUUCCUUACCAGAGUCCUCAAACCAACCACCUCGAUCCAAAGACGGGGGCUACGUCGCGCCAGACCGCACCUCCCGAGAACACUGCUACGAGUCCCGCGACGCAUUCUUCCAAUGCCUAGACCGGAAUGAUAUCCUCGAUGCGGUCAAGGAGGAUGAGAAGAGCAGGAAGCUUUGUCCCGCAGAGGUGGUUGCUUACGAGCGGGAUUGUGCAAGGAGCUGGAUCAAAUACUUCAAGGAGAAGCGAGUGAUGGAUUACAAGCGUGAUCGCACGUUACAGCAGAUAGCCAAGGAGGAUGCUGCAUCGGCGGCGAAGGCCAAGGCGGAGAGAGGAGGGAAGUCCUGGUUCGGGUGA